GAGUAGUGGCAAUGCCUAUCGAUCCGGUUGAAGGAAGAUGCAUGCAUCGUGGUGUUAUUUAUUUCCCAUGCUUUAUAUCUAUAUAUACGUACACAGGACCUUUAUUUUUGGAUAAGAAGUUGUAAAAGUUGAUUUCUCACUCACACUGAAAAGCAAAGACACUUUGAUCAUUGUCAAUGGACUUCUCAGCUAUCCACUUAUUCCUCAUCUCCCUAGGAACCCUCUCACUCGCCUUCUUUCUCAAACUCAUCCCAUUCCGAUUCCCCCCAAUCCCAUUCCGGAUGGCAUCCAAGUCCAAAAUCCUCUUCAUUGGUGGCACCGGCUACAUUGGAAAGUUCAUUGUCGAGGCUAGCGCCAAGGCCGGCCACUCCACCUACGUUCUGGUCCGAGAAACUACCCUCUCCAACCCGGCAAAGUCCAAAGUCAUCGAGAACUUCAAGGCUCUGGGCGUCAACUUCGUCCUGGGUGAUCUGUACAAUCACGAGAGCUUGGUGAAGGCGAUCAAGCAAGUCGACGUGGUGAUCUCGACGGUGGGGCACGCGCAGUUGGCUGAUCAGGGCAAGAUCAUUGCUGCCAUUAAAAAAGCAGGCAAUGUUAAGAGAUUUUUCCCCUCGGAGUUUGGAAAUGACGUCGACCGAGUUCACGCUGUUGAGCCUGCCAAAUCGGCGUUUGAGACCAAGGCCAAGAUUCGCAGAGCUGUGGAGGCUGAGGGGAUUCCUUACACCUAUGUGUCCUCCAACUUCUUUGCUGGUUACUUCUUACCUACUUUGAACCAGCCCGGAGCUUCUUCCCCUCCUAGGGACAAAGUCGUCAUUUUGGGCGAUGGAAACCCCAAAGCAAUUUUCAACAAGGAAGACGACAUUGGGACGUACACAAUUAGGGCAGUGGAUGACCCAAGAACCUUGAACAAAGUCCUCUACAUCAGGCCCCCUGCCAACACCAUCUCAUUCAAUGAGCUUGUCUCUCUGUGGGAGAAGAAGAUUGGCAAAACCCUCGAGAGAAUCUAUGUCCCGGAGGAGCAGCUGCUCAAGAACAUCCAAGAGGCAGUUGUGCCGCUCAAUGUGAUACUAUCAAUUGGCCACUCAGUUUUUGUGAAGGGAGACCACACUAACUUUGAGAUCGAGCCCUCAUUUGGCGUGGAAGCCACAGCCCUUUACCCUGAUGUCAAAUACACCACCGUCGAGGAGUACCUCAACCAGUUUGUCUGAGAUUUGAAAGGGUGUUGGUGGUUUUAUACGAGUGAAACUGACUACCCUUGCAAAUAAUUAGUAGGUAGUUUGGUGAUUAAUGUAUCUCAGGUUGUGUGGAAAUAACUGGCAUAUUGGGACAGUUGAUUUCCCUUUGUGUCAUCUUGUUUGUUGAUGAACUCUCUGUGCUACCUUUUGUUAAAUGAUGGAAAAGACGGGUUGUAUAUUUCUUCCC